CGAGUGCCGAUCUGAGUGAAACCUCUUUCUGUGUUCUUUUGAGCUCAUAAUCUCUUUUAUUCAUCCUCACAUCAUAAAUCAUCAUGUUUAUAAAGCUGCAGUCUGUUAAAGUAGUGUUUUAAAUCCUGUAAGAGCCACAGAGUUCUGCUCAGCUGAUCCUGUUCGAUUACUUUAGUCUGUUUGGUCUGAAUCAGUGGUGAGGAUGAUUUCAUGAACAUGUUAACAAGUUACUGAGUCUGAUUUCAUCCAUUCAUAUCUCCUUGAAUUAUCCAGCUCUGUGUCAGGUCGAGUCAUGCUGCCGCUGAAAGAGAAAGACAAACCAAUCAUCCAGAAGCUUCUGACGGCCGGCUGCUGCGCUCGCUGCGUCCUCAGGUUCUGCUGUGUGAGCGUUCAGGCUGCGUACAGACGACCCCCCCAGGAAACACUCGAAGAACUCAAAGCUUUCAUCAGCGACACAGAAAACGGCAAAGAGUCCACAGAAGAGAACAACAAAUCCCAUGAUGCAGCGGGGCCGGAGCCGCCUGAAGACCCCCCCAGUAAGAGAGUGAAACUGGAGUCCAGUGAGGAAGCUGCUGGAGACAGAGUGAGGGAUGAAGAGAGGAGUGUGUGUGUGGUGUGUUUGGGGAUCCUCCAGGAGCUCUGUGGCUCGCCGCAGGCCGUAAAGAUCGCAGAGGCGGUGAAAGCAGAGAAGUACGAGUUCGAUACUCUGGUCCUGUCCGUGUCUCUGCCGGCUCAGCUUUGUGUCCGAGAGCACUCCUGUUGGCUCCACGUGAAGAAAGAACUGAGAGAGAAGAGCGUCGCCGUCGACAAGGAUGACGUCAUCCAGGUGAAGGAAGCCUUCAAGUGGAUCAUGCAGGGCCAGGUCUCAAAGGAGCUGGGGGGCGUGGCUGUGGUUACCAGGAGCAUGUUCGAGGUCGGUGUGGAGUUCACUCACCCUGAGACGGAUGCAGACUGUCACUUCCUAGCGACAACAUGUCCCGACUGCUUCAAGCCCACCAAGAACAAACAGUCUGUGUUCACCAGGAUGGCCGUGGUCAAAGCUCUGGAAAAGAUAUCUGACGUCAAAUUUCUGAAACACUACCCGAGUCCUCCGGCUCAGCCGACCUGCAGCUGCAGCCCUCAGGACGUCCAGUGUCUCCACGUGUCCGUCUUCGUGGCGGGGAGGUAUAAUAAGUUCUCCCGCAGUCUGCCUCAGACGCCCUGGCUGAUCGAUGGAGAGAGGAGGAUGGAGUCCUCGGUGGAGGAGCUGAUCGCUGCGCCCAUCCUGUUGUCUUUCAGGGCGGAUGGGUUUAAUUUCUCCUCGUCCGGUCGAGAGGACGUGGAUGUUCGGACUCUAGGGAACGGUCGCCCGUUUGCGAUGGAGCUGCUGAAUCCUCACAGAUCCAGGCUGAGUAAAGAGGAGAUGAAGCAGCUGCAGGAGACCAUAAACACGUCUUCAGACAAAAUCAAAGUGAGAGACCUUCAGAUCGUUACGAGAGAGGCCAUGAGCCGCAUGAAGGAGGGAGAGGAGGAGAAGACCAAGUCCUACACGGCACUCAUCUGGACCCAGAACCCCAUCGAGAAGGAGGACAUCACCUUCAUCGACGACAUCAAGGAUCUGACUCUGGACCAGAAGACUCCUCUGAGGGUGUUACACCGGCGGGCGCUGGCCGUACGUCAGAGAGUCAUCCACAGCAUGAACACCAGAUACCUGGACGCUCAUCACUUCCACCUGGGGCUGAAGACGCAGGCCGGGACUUACAUUAAAGAGUUCGUCCACGGGGACUUCGGACGAACGAAACCCAACCUGUGUGAGCUUCUGAAGAGUGACACCGACAUCCUGGAGCUGGACGUGGAGUCUGUGGACGUGGACUGGCCUCCAUCCAUACCUGAAUAAACACUGCCACAAACCUGGCUCUGGACCUGAGAGGCCCCGGGGUCCGAUCUCACUUGGACUAAACUGGUUCUGGUUCAGAGGUUCUGAAAGAAACUAUCACUGGUUGGAAGAGGAAAACAUGAACCCCUCCGGCUGCUGGAGAAGCCUGAUCCUGUAAUCAUGUGGACUCGUUCUGACGCUGUCUUCAGUGUUUCUGUUGUGGUUACAUAAAGGGAAGUUAUUUUUGUAAAAAGACUUAAGUCCCACCCCCUGAUUAUGUUUCUGUAUCUUAUGGCUCAAAAAUAUUAAAUAAAACUUGAGUUUUGAUCUUGGUGUCACCCA